CUAGAUACCAUACAACAAAUACUAAACCUGACGAAGCCAUAUGUAACCAAGGAAACUAAUCAGGUUUUUAUUGUAUGUGAUCCAGAAAGAGCUAAAGCUAGCUAGCUCGUCCUAAUCACAAUUUCUUUCAUUAAUAUAUCGAAUACAAAUGGAAUCGGUCGUUCAGUAUGGCAGACGAAGAGGCUCCAGUAAGAGAGCAUCUUCAGCUGAGGAAGCCUGCUGGAUGAUCCAGCCACCAGACCUCCGCCAAAUCACUGUGUUAUCCAAGACUGAAUGGCUGAGGGUUCAAGAUGAAAUGAACCAGGUUAAUAAAGAGAAGGAGAGCAUGAGAGAGGCAGCGAAACAGAGAGAGAGCCUACACUUGCAGUCAGAAGAGGUUGUGAAACGGUGGUCCAAUACCAUUGCUGGUCAAAGGCAAAAAAAGCUGGAGGCAAAGAAAAUUCGGGAUGAGAUUGAGGAGGAGAAAAGGAAACUGAUUGAUAAAGAAGAGGCCGCAUAUCAGGAGCAGAAGCGGAAAGAGGCCAUUGAAAAAGCCAAGACUCAGCUGUAUUACCAAACCGACCGUGUUCGAGGGUUACAUCGUGGGCUCUUGUUGUCAGAGGUGCUGAAGGAGAGGGAGGCUCAGAUCGAAAUGAAGCAAAGACUCAAGAGUGCCUCUAAAGAUGUGGACAAAGACUUCAUGGAUAUGGUGAAGACCAGAGAGGAUGAAGCCUUGAGACAAAAACAGGAGGAAGAGCUUAAGAAAAAGGUUGAGAGAGAGGCUGUUGCAGAGGACCUGAAACAGCAAAUCAAGGAAAAUGAGAUGAUAAGAGAGCAACUGGAACAAGAGAACAAGAAGCAUGGAGAGGAAAUUCAACGUCUUCACGAGCUGUAUCAGUGGGAGCAAAGAAUGGAAGAAGAAAGACAGUCAAAGCAGAAGAGAGACCUCAUGCGAUCUCAUCUGGAACAUCUAAACAACAGGGACCUCAUAAGAGCAACAGAUGCACAAAAACAGGAGGCUGAAGAGGAGCAAAGGAAACUUUUUCUCUCUGCUAAACAAAAAAUGAUGAAGUUACGCAAAGCCAGAGAAACAGAAUUGUUCAGGGAGGCCCAGAUGCGCAGAGAGAGCAUCAUGAGCAAACUGUCAGUCACACAGCAGGAGCUUGCAGCUAGUGAGGAGCAGAGGAUCGCAAAGGCUGUCGCUGAGCAGGACGCAAAAAAGGCACAGCAGCAGAGGGAGGAGGAGGAGAAGAGGGCUGCAAUGCUGAAGUCGAUCAUUGAACACAGAGAAUUCAGGAGACAAGAAAAGGAGCAGAGGGACAAAGCAGCAAAACAGGAGGCCCAAGACAAACUUCAGGCCAAGAAAGAGGCUGACAGAAUAUUUUCUGAGAAACAACAAGUGAAGGCUCAGCAGAUCAAAGAAGAAAGGAGAAAAUUACAAGACUUCAAUGCCACACAAAUGGCUGAGAAAAGUGCAAGGCACAAGCAGCUGAGAAAAGAAGAACAUGAGUUUGAAGAGCAGAACGCUAAACUCAUCGCUGAAGAGGAAAACCACUUUCAACAGUAUUCACAGCAAGUCAUCGACGCAGCGGCAGAGUCUCAGCGAAACGUGUUUCCGCUUUACAAAGCUGCAAGGGACGGCAUCGGAGGAGGCCUUGGUCCCAUUUCUAGCGGAGCCAAGCCCAUCUACCUUGUCCAGGACUGUUCUGGUGCUGAAAUGCCCAAGUAUGUCUCUGUUGUCACCCAGAACAUUAGAAAGCUCAAUGAGGCUGUAGAUAUUCAAGAAGCAAAGAAGAGACUUGGAUUUUCAUGGUGACAGUUCAUUAACAGCUGGUCAGUUUUUUUUGAACAUACUGAAUGUCUUAGUAACUUCUUUUAGCAAUCACUCCCUCAUUACACUACUCUAGUGAAUAAUAAAUUGGGAUUUUGAACACUUA